GAUUCUUGUAUGAAUCAAUUUAAAAUACCUUCCAAUAAUUGGCUUAAAAACUCUUCUGUGCUGUAAACUGCCAUAAUUUUCUUCUUUUUAGAAUACAGGUGUAAAAGAAAGUAAUUUACAAAACGUACCUGUCUAUCGUCACAGCUCCCAUGAGCCACCUGAAGCUGGCCCAUCAACCACCAAUACACAAUCAUUCAGACCAUAUUAUGAACCAAGAAGUCCUUAUGUUCAACCAGUACCAAUAUUUGGCCAACCUUCCUUUUCCAAAUAUGCUCCUGACCAAGAAUUAAGACCAAAUAUAGUUUGGGCACCAAUACAAUUGCCAGUGUUUGGCCAAGAAACCAAAAAGCCUUUGAUUGACAAAGUUACGCAAACGUCACAGUCAUCAUCACUGACGGACUCAGAGAUUUUAGACCGGCCAGAAAUAAAUCAAAAUAAACGUAGCAAAUCUCAUGAGAACCUAUUUUUGAGUUUCGAGGGAGAAAAUCAAGUACAACAACAUAAUUUCAGAACUUCUACACCUAAAAAAAUAUUUUUUUACGAAGAUUUCCAACCAUCUGACGAAGACAGCAGUGGCAAACUAAUACUGCCUUUUACCCCAGAGAAAAACAAUCAAAUUUCAACUUUAACCCCUGAUGAUAAAGUUGAAACUGCUAGAAAUAAGGAACCAGGCUUAGAAGAAGAAAAAAUGCUUGAGAAUCUUGAAAGUACGGACUUACGGUUCCUUUUAAUUGCUAAACGAAGGAAGACUAUUGAUGCUGGCAUCAAUGGGUCUGCAGAAAAAAAAGUAUUUGAACUAAAGAAGCCAACACCUAGAAAGAGGGUUACAUUUAAUAUGAGCAACAUUGAGAAAGUUGAUGAUAAUCAUAUUAAUCAUACUAUUGUUUCUAAUACAAAUCUUCAACAUAAUUAUCAACCUAUAACCGCUCAUGAGAUACAGCCUGGCGAUAGACGAACAGACAGCAAUGCAUCAGUAAAAACGACAACUACUAACCAAGGUAACAACAUAAAGUUAUUAGAAAGACCUGAAAUACAGAAGAAUGUGUCUCUAUUCGCUCCUGAAAACAAGACAAAGUAUUUAACGGAUCACGUAAAAAGCGAUACUUGGUUCUUAGUCACGGAUACGGAUGUCUUACUCCUAUAUUACGAGGCUAUAGACAAAAUUGUGCUCUCUGACGCGAAAUGCAAAUUAUUAAUCCCUUACGCUGUGCGGCGGGACAUUGAGGCGCUGUGUGUCGGCGACUGUCAGGGACAACAGCGGGUUAAAAAUGCGAGACAAAUUACUAGACGACUGGCCGCGUUGCCACCACACUAUAUACUUCAACCUUGCCCCGAUGAUGAAACUACAAUGGUUACAACUGAGAGUGUAUUAAAAUGCUGCUUCCAAGCCACCACUUUCAAUCAUCAUGUCAUUCUUGUCACCAACGAUCCCUAUCUUCAAGCGAAAGCCGACUUACUAAACAUCAAAAAUAAAAAACUAAACGAUUUUAAGCACAAUUUCAAUCCAAGUUCGCCAUUCACACCAAAAAAGCUGCUAAACCCAAAUCAUGCUACAUUCAACGAAAAUAACUUAGUUAAAGAAAACAGUUUAAAUUGUGAAGUUAAAAAUGUACCUAAAGACAAUUUAACUUAUAGUUUAUUUGAUUGUGAUAGUCCAAUUAACGUGGCUAAACUUAAACCGGUUAAAAUCAAUGAAAAUAAUAAUCCAACAAUGGAAUUAAGGCAAAUAGUUCGAAAUAUUACACAGACUGAUCUUAAAUCUAAACCUAUAGUAAAUAAUACGUUUAUAUCAAAAAAUAUAACGAAAAUUCCAACGCAAAAUAAAUUUCAAGUGACGUCUGCUCUAGCCGACGUUUCGUGUCCAAAUGAAAAAAAGGAGGUUUUCAAUUUUGAAAAUCUGAAGUUGGAGGACGAUUUUGAAAGAUUCACAGUUAAAACACAAAUUAUGAAUGAAAAAUUAAGUACGAGAAUGGACGAGUGGCUUUGUACAUACACACAGAUUAUAGAAGAUGUGUUGCAUGCGUUAAUACAGAUAAGCAGUGGUUCCGUAUCAAGAACAGUGGCGCCCCUCUCUCUGCAGGAAACAUUUAAUAGUAUCAAGAUUGUUUACAUAAAUAAUAUCAAAAUCAAAAUAAUUGUGAGGAAACUGACCGAGCUUUUGGAUAAAUGCAGUACGAAGAUUGGAAAGCUAAUCCUAGCUCCCGAUGACUUCAUGACGAUUUUGGGAUAUGGAGUUUUAUUAAUUCAGGAGUUGAAGAGCAUUCAGCCUCUCUCCAAGGAGUUGAAAGACGCGGCCACAAACAUGAGCUCUCUCUUAAAUAACAUAGAGAACGAUACACUUGAGGUUGAUCUCGACUGCUACACGAAGGCGCCGGUCAGCCGCUCUGAGUAUGAUGACAGAGAAGACGUAAGGGCCAACUGUAAGUAUUCAUAAUUAACAGAUUUUAAAAACCUAGGAACCC